AAUUGCAGUCAGUCUGUCAGUGAAUCAUUCAUCCAUCGUAAACAAAUAGGAAUCGGAGGCGUUCGCUUUGCAUAUAUUUUGGUAUUAUUCUGAAGCCUUUUAUUGAAAUAAGUAAAAUUGAAGCUUUUCACAAAAAUGGAUAUUACAACGGAAAAUUUCAAGGAACAACUGCCUUUUAUUCGGAAAACUAUUCAGGAAGCCAGCUUUUUUUCGCUCGAUGCCGAAUUUACUGGACUAACCUCGGAACGCAAUAUAUUCCCUUUUGAUACGCCAGAAGAGGUGUAUCUUAAAACGAUAGAAAAUUCGGCCGACUUCGUUAUAAUUCAACUGGGCUUGUGUGCGUUCACGAUUGACCAUGAGAGUGGACAAGUAACCUACAAAUGUUACAAUUUUUAUUGCUUUCCAAAAGGCCGAUAUAAUGUAUUUGGCUGCCAGGGAGAAAGUUUACGAUUUUUGGCAGAGAACGGUUUCGAUUUCAACAAAUUGUUUCGUUCCGGUUUAUCUUACUGUUGUGAGGCAGAUGAGGAGCGUAUGCGAGCUGAUCUGAAGAAUCGGCAGGAACAACGAAUCGCAGCGCUACAGGAGGAGGCACAAAAUGAUGAAAACGGAUCAGUGAAUAUGGUGCCCGUUCCACCGGCAUCAGAGAAAAUGUUGUCAGAGAUAUCGGAAAGAAUUGAAAGGUUUUUGGAAUCUGAGGACAAGGAUUUUACCAUAACGAAUUGCAAUGGAUUUGAGCGCAAAUUGGUUUAUCAGUUGAUAGAAUCUAAAUAUAGCAAACUGAUCUCGGGAAGUUCAGUGCCUUUAGCCAACAAGCACAAGGGUAUUCUGAUAGAACGGAAGCGAAGCAAAGAAGAAGAGCAAGAAUUUGAAGCAAAUCGUAUCAUUCAGGAGAAUGAGGAUCUCAAUAACAAUGUGGGUUUAUCACUGGUACUUCAGGAGUUGUCCAAAGCUAGAAAGCUUAUCAUUGGUCACAACAUGCUGCUGGAUCUGUUGUUUGUGCUUCGACAGUUUUUUCGUCCACUGCCGUAUAACUAUCAAGAAUUUAAAAAAAUGGUUCGGGAGCUUUUUCCAUUGUUGUUGGAUACAAAGUACCUGUGCACAAAUGCAGAACUUAAAGUACACGUUAAUUCUUCCGUUUUGGAACAUGUAUUUGAUUCGGUCCAGAAAGAACCUUUCGAAAUGCCGCAUAUCGCUUCUGGUUUCGAAGAACACAAAUACGCAACCGUAGACAAAAAACUACACGAUGCUGGAUAUGAUGCUUACCUGACGGGGCAGUGCUUUCUUGGACUGAUUAGCUAUUUCAAGGUGGAUCUGCAAAACAUGCUAAAAGAUCCAACGCUAAAAGCGUAUUUUAAUAGAAUAUUUAUACUUCGUGCAACAGAGGUAAACUACAUAUAUACGUACGGAAAAGAGCCAUCAUUUUCCCGUGAACACAUAUACUUUAUAACGUUCCCGGAGAACUGGAGAUCAACAGAUAUCCUGUUACGUUUCCGCAAUUAUGGACAAAUUCAUAUUAACUGGGUGAACAAUAACUCCGCCUUCGUUGUUCUACACAACAAAGACUACGCAGCCCAUGUGAUAAAAACCAUCGACAAAUCAUCCGCUCAGUUCACAAUCUGCACGCUUAACCAGUUUCAGGCUAAACAGCAAUGUGCUGGAGUUAAACGGCGAUACGAUAGUGGUAGUUUCGAGAGAUUUCAUUACACCGGAGGCAAAGCCGAAAAAAAAGAAAUUGCGCUGCCCGUAGCAGUUCCACCGUCUGUAACGCCUGGUGAAGUAGCGGCAUUCGGUUCGCCCAGUCAGCCCAAGAAGGCAAAGAAAACAACGUUCGCUGAUAACGACGAUUGGUAGUAUGUAAGGACGAUUUUUUAUAUUAUCUUGAAAUAAUAAUGCUCGUGGACUAUAGCGCUACCGACUUUGCGGUACUCACAAUA